GAACACAACAAUGAUGUGGUUUAUGGGUCAGUUAGGGCAGCUGAUUGGGGCAGGCAUGUUCAUACGGGCAAUGUUACCCCAAUGGUUUAUUGAUCAGUUCUAUGGGCAUAUUGAAAAGUAUAUUCACAAGCUCAUUGGGUACUUUUACCCUUAUAUCCAGAUCAGUUUUCAUGAAUACAACACAGCUGAAUCCUUUGGGCGGAGCAAAGCGUACGCUGCCAUCGAACGCUACCUCAGCGCCGACUCAUCAACCCGAGCCAAACGUCUCAGAGCCAACGUCGUCAAAAACUGUCAAUCGGUUGUGCUAAGUAUGGAUGAUUAUGAAGAAGUCUUUGAUGACUUCAAUGGUGUCAAGGUCUGGUGGACUUCAAGCAAAACCAUCCCACUACAGCAGCCCUUCUUUUCGUAUCGUGAUGAUAGCGAGAAGCGGUUCUAUAGGCUCACUUGCCAUAGAAAACACCGAGAUUUCGUAACAAACGUUUACAUUAAACAUGUGCUCGAUGAAGGUAACGAUAUUGCUUUAAGGACCAGACAACGAAAGCUUUAUACGAACAACAAGAGUGAUGACUUUCGUAGUUACCAUCAGAAGACUUGGAGCCACAUCAUAUUCGAGCACCCGUCUACCUUUGAUACGCUUGCGAUGGAUCCAAAGAAGAAGGAGGAGAUUUUGAAUGAUUUGUUGACGUUCAGCAAGUCCAAAGACUACUACAAAAAGGUGGGCAAGUCGUGGAAACGAGGAUAUCUUCUUUACGGUCCACCAGGAACCGGGAAGUCUAGCAUGAUCGCGGCCAUGGCUAACCUUCUGGAAUACGAUAUCUAUGAUCUUGAACUGGCGUCGGUGAAAGAUAACACGGAUUUGAGGAAGCUGCUCAUCGAGACAUCAAGCAAGUCCAUGAUUGUGAUCGAGGAUAUCGAUUGUUCACUUGAUCUCACCGGUAAGAGAAAGGAGAAACAAGAAGAUGAUAAAGACGAUAAGAAGGAUCGGAUUAAGGAAAUGGAGAAAAUGGCGAAGAAAAAGGGUAAGGAGAGCGAGGUGACUUUGUCCGGGCUGCUCAACUUCAUUGACGGGCUAUGGUCGGCUUGUGGCAGCGAGAGAUUGAUCGUGUUCACGACAAACCACAUAGAAAAGCUUGAUCCUGCUCUCAUUAGGAGAGGACGGAUGGAUAAACAUAUUGAGAUGUCGUAUUGUUGUUUUGAAACGUUUAAGGUUCUUGCGAAGAACUAUUUGGAUGUUGAAACGCAUGAGUUGUUCCUAACCAUCGGUCGACUUUUGGGGGAAACGAAUAUGACUCCAGCUGAUGUGGCCGAAAGUUUGAUGCCGAAGUCGGAUGAAGAGGGUGUUGAGGUUUGCUUGAACAAGUUGAUCAAAUCUCUGGAAAGUGCAAAGGAAGAAGCAAGACUUAAAAGCGAGGAGGAUGCCAUGAACAAAUGUAAGGUGGAAGCAGUUGGUGAAAAAAGUGAAGAUAAUAAUGAUCAAAAGGUAGAAGAGAGUGAUGAAUCAAGCGAAUCAGAAUCAAGUGAUUCAAAGGACUAAGUCUAAAUACAAGGCGAGUUUUCUAGUAACAGGUUCUAAUAUAAAAAAGUAUGAAGAAAGGGACUAUUUCUUACGAAUUUUCAUCAGUCAUCACUGUUAUCAUAUGAUAUGAUAUUUUGUUUAAUGUUUAUUCCUAGUAUCCAUUAGUAUUGAUACAUAUCGUAAUUGAGGAAAUUUUGUAAUAGGGAAUAUAUAUUGGCCCUUUUAUUUUAUUUUAAGUGCAAACCUAGUAAAAAGUCCUUGGAAUUUC